AUGAACGACUCGGACAACGCGUUUCUCGAGCUCAUCGAACAGCAAAUGGCCGUCAUCGAGCCGGGCCUGUCUUCAGUGCACUCCGCCCACAACAUGCGGAUCCUCAAGGGCGGCCUGUCGAUGGUCGCCUUUAUCCUGAACGCCCUGGCCUGCUACUUGCCCUAUGCCAUCAUCCGCAAACGGUUUCCGCAGCCCUCGUUGCAGCAAAGCGUGCAUCUGAAGCGAGCCAUGGCACAUACCUACUGCAUACUGACGGCAUUUGGCAGCGGGUUGCUGCUGGGCGCCGUGGCCCUGUAUUCCUGGCCGCUGGCGGACGUCGAGUUCCAGGCGGCGGCCGGCUAUGGUGGUGCGUUAAAAACCGCAAGUUGGCGCCUCAUCAUGAACGACUCGGACAACGCGUUUCUCGAGCUCAUCGAACAGCAAAUGGCCGUCAUCGAGCCAGGCCUGUCUUCAGUGCACUCCGCCCACAACAUGCGGAUCCUCAAGGGCGGCCUGUCGAUGGUCGCCUUUAUCCUGAAUGCCCUGGCCUGCUACUUGCCCUAUGCCAUCAUCCGCAAACGGUUUCCGCAGCCCUCGUUGCAGCAAAGCGUGCAUUUGAAGCGAGCCAUGGCACAUACCUACUGCAUACUGACGGCAUUUGGCAGCGGGUUGCUGCUGGGCGCCGUGGCCCUGUAUUCCUGGCCGCUGGCGGACGUCGAGUUCCAGGCGGCGGCCGGCUAUGGACGACUACCGAAAGGCUACAGGUUGGCUGAGCUGACAGCAGUGACCAUGGUGAUUGGUCUGUUCUUGCUGGAGCGAAUGCUUUUGGUGAUCACAGGCAGGGUUUCCUCCAGCCGAGACUACUUGAGUCCCACGGAAACCACGUUCGUGCUGGCUGAAAACAAGGGAGACGAUGAAGCAGCCUACGACGACUUGAAUAAAGAGCUGGGAGGAAAGGCCUGGAGACUGAGGAACCAAGAAGCACGCGUAACUGCUGAAACGGAAGGACGCGACAUCGAGGACAGCGGUUUCGAACCAAACUUGAUUCAGAGAACGCUGCCGACCAAAAGAGGCUUAUUCCUGUCAGCGCGAGGUGUCGCUCUUCUCCUCAGCUUACUGCUCAGUGGGUGCUUCAGUCCAUUUCUCGAAGGUGUCGCUAUCGGCACUGCUCCUGGACCCAAGGGAGCUUGCGUGCUGUUUCUCGCUAUCGCUUUCCGAGAAGCGUUUGCCAAUUUAAUUCUCGGAUAUCAGUUGGCGAUUACCAGGGGUGAUAUUGUUUAUACUCAUGUCCACAUGGUGUUCAGUGCUGUGAUUUUAUCCAUUGACGAAGUGACAUGA